CAAAGGGCUAGUAGGAUUUCUCUCGUGGUGGUGGGCGCUAGUUACCCGGUUGACCAACUGUUAUGUCCCACAUGUGUAAUUAGGCCUAGUGAUAGUUUGUUACUUGUAAGGAGUUAGCUAGUUGGCUUUUCCGGGCUGGUUGUCGCCAGUCCAGUGGUUCAAUCCACAUUGGUGUAUGGGUUGUGAUAUUAGUUCUUGCCAAUACACUAAAAAGUCCACAUGAAGUCGUUCAUGUCCAAAGCGGGAGCGCUAGAAGCAAUUCCUUCACCCAACUCGUCCUUCCCAUGCCAGCAAGCGCUCUCCAUACAGAAUGUUGGCGGGGUGGUUGUUUCAAAAGCCUCUAUGUUUGAGCAGGAACCUGGCAAUGAGGAAAACUUUCCUUCCACGCGAGCAAGAGACCAUGGCGAGAUAAACCGUGCGCUUGAGAAAACACACAAAGAGAAGCGGCACGACUAUGGGGAUGUUCCAGUGCUUCAGGCUGAGAUAGAGGAGGAACUGAAGAAUGCGAGACAGUUAGAGCAUGACGGGUUCUACGGGAAGGCUCUGAAAACAUGCCAAGGGCUUCUGGUGAAGGACCCCCAGUUGGGAGACUUGACUAUGAUUGAGAGAAUACGGAACCUCGAGCGAAAGGUGGAAUUAGUCAAAGAAAACAACGGAUGGUAUCCAAACGCGAAGACGGGGUUCCAUGAGCUACCAGUCGCUACGUCAACUAAUUGCCCUCGGGACAUUUCUGCAGGCGGUUACAAGUUACCCUCGGCAUUGUACGAACGCCUGUUUUCACAUCAACGAGAUGGUGUUAAAUGGAUGUGGAAGCUUUAUGGGAACGAGCAGAUGGGUGGUAUACUCGGUGACGACAUGGGAAUGGGGAAAACAAUCCAGGUCAUCUCGUUCCUAGUUGGAUUAUUUGCGUCAGGAAUGGCUCGCCAUAUUUUGAUCGCAAUCUCACAUCUACCUUCGUUGGUUAUCAAUAGGUUUCCAACCAUGCGAGUGAAAGUAUAUCACGGAUCACUGAGCACGAUUGAGAAAGACUUGCGUGUUGUUUUAGACAAGGGUGGAGUUCUCUUAACAACAUAUGAUAAAAUUCGUUUGAAUUCCGGAAAGUUGUGUGGCGGGCCACAGCACGCAUGGGACUAUAUUAUCUUAGAUGAAGGGCACUACAUCAAGAAUCAAAGCUCACAGAAGGCUAAAGCCGUGCGUCAAAUUCCCGCAAAGCACAGACUCUUGCUUUCUGGGACCCCGAUUCAGAAUAAUAUGGAAGAGCUGUGGUCCCUAUUUGACUACGUUUGCAAUGGAAACCUACUUUCGAGCAAGCGCAAUUUUAUGAAGCAUUUUGGCAAUCAUAUCAAAAAAGGCGAAGCACGCGACGCAACCCCCGAGGAAAAGCAGGUGGCGAACCAAAUUGCCGAAGCCCUUCGCAAUCUUAUUGCACCCUACUUCAUCCGCCGCGAAAAGUCGCUGCUGCACCAUCAAAUCGCGCAACCGGAGAACACAGCCGUUGAAACGCCUGGAUUGGCACCCGAUGUUAAAGUAUUGGGAGAGAAAAAGGAAUUAGCAGUCUGGGUGGCAAUGACGGAGGUGCAGAUCGCAUUGUACCAGGCCUUCCUGACUAACCUUAACAUGUACGAGAUUUUGAAUCGCUCACGAUCGCCACUUAGUGCUCUUGGAGUGCUGAAGAAGAUCUGCGAUCAUCCCGCUUUGAUGUCGCAUUCUUUGCAAGACUGCGAAGCUUUGAACCUAGACGCAAUCGCGGCUCCCGAAAGCGACUUUCGAGAACUCUUGGCCCAAAGUGCCAAAUUGCGCGUCACCGUUGAACUCGUGGAACAUCUUCGACAAGAGGGACACCGUAUGUUGCUAGUAGCUUCCAGUAGAAGAAUGCUAGACAUUGUGGAGAACUGCAUCGCUGCUUUGGGCAUCACACAUACGAGGAUUGAUGGAACCAUUACAGACCGCAAGGAGCGACAACGUCGGAUUAAUACCUUUAAUAGAGAUCCGAAUUACAGUUGCUUUCUCCUUACGACACAGGUCGCUAUUGGCAUCACGUUGACUGGGGCGGAUAGAGUUAUCAUGUAUGAUCCCUCUUGGAAUCCCAAACGCGAUGCACAAGCUGUAGAUCGGGCUUAUCGUGUUGGCCAAGAUAAGGAUGUGAUUGUUUAUCGGAUUUUGACGUGUGGAACGAUGGAGGAGAAGGUCUAUCGUAAUCAAGUGCGGAAGGACUAUCUGGCAAAGAUCGCGAUGGAAAAGGGAAGCCAAACACGAUAUUUCACCCAAUCAGAACUGAAGGACUUGUUCACAUUGGACGAUCCAACGUUUUCGCAAACGCAGAGAUAUCUGUCUCGUCGACAUCCAGUCGCCAUGGGAGGCACUGACGAGUUUGAACAUCACGUGGCACGGAUCGAGCAGUUUGAUGCUGUCCGAGGUACCAGCCGACAUGACCAAUUAUAUACAAUGAGCGAAGAACUGCAGGAUGGGGAGCAUCUUGGUGGCGCAAAACAAAUGGUAGAGGAAGCCUUGAGGCAAUUUGAAGAUGAGCAUGUUGUGUCAGACCGAUAUCCAAGCACCCCUGGCAGAGCGAUACGGCUACGACCAAAUGUAAAUAAUGAAAGUGAUAUGGCGCUCGGUUCACGAACUUCGCCACGCGUACAAGGGAGAGGAAAUCGGCAGUCUCCACAAAGAAUACCGUUUGCUGAAGCCACCAAUAUGCGUAUGGUGAAAGGCGAUGGAGCCUGUGGGGAUAUGAUCGAGAAUGCACUUGAUUCUCCUUCCCCGUUAACACGCAGGGGUCGGAGGCGCAUACUGGAAGACGACGAAGAUGAGGAGGGAUCCAGCACCGGUGGUGCGGUCGAAGGAAUCGACAUGCUUUCGACACCUGAGCCAACGUCCCUGUCCCACGAGACGCACUUUGAUGGGGACUCGAAAGAGCUAGAUGCACCGGGGACAUCAUUAGCAAUGGGUCGCGACGAAGAUGAGCAAGGCUGCAGCCUAGAGGACGAACCUGCCGUCAGUGGCGUAUUUCCAACAACUGAUAGCGCCGUUGGUGGCCGUCUUGAGCAAGGUGGCCUUGCGGACAUCGAAGUCACCGAAUCACCUUCCCCGACUUUCCGGCGUAUACGACGACGGCAAAUCAUUGUAGAAGAGGAUGAGGAGGAUGAUACAGAGACGGGAAAUCGGGGUGGUACAAUGGAUGCAGAUCUCAUUGACAGUCUGCAGACCGCCAUGGAAAACCUCGACAUUCGUCAAUCCCGUUCACACACAGAUGAAGGCAACGCGUUUGAGCCAGCAGUUCAUGUGCAAAGCUCAAGAAACGAUGUUAAAUUCGAAAAGGAGGACUUUGAAGCUAGUCAUGGGCGCUUUUUUAGCGCAGUGGAGGACGAAAAGGAUAUGAUAUCUGAAGUGGCCGAAACAUUGGCCUUUCAAAAUGUCGAGGACGUUCAUGGGGACGAUGACAGGGUAUUGUUAAAUGACGGCGAAUAUGAUGAUAAUAUGGAUUCCCAACUACAUUCUGGGAGCUCGAACGUUAGCGCUGCCACGAAUGCUGAAGAGGAUUGGGGAACGAAUGCGCCAUCAUGCGAGUCUUACACAGAAGUCCAAAAUCCUAUACCUCACAAUUCAGAUGGAAAAGCGAUCAAAUUCAGCGUUUGUCCAAAUAGCCUGCAUACCUCGUCGCUUUUCAUCAUUCGCAACUGUCGAUGCCUACGUACUGACGACGAAAUGGACGAAUACGAUGAACUCCUUUUCGCGUAUCAACGACAUAUGAAAAAGCGCCAAUAUGAUGAAGCGCUUCAGGCUAUGAAGAAUGCUUUGGAAAUAUGUGAUGACGACGCUCGAUGUUUCUGGGCAGUUUUAGUUUUGGGCUCGAUGAUAUUUACUUAGACACUUAGCCUGUGACUUUUGGUUACCAUGUAGAAAUUUUCA